AUGGCGAACAUAGCAGCUGUUCUACAUGGAGCAAAUGACUUGCGAGUUGAAUCAAUUCCUCUGCCUGAAAUAAAGGAAAAUGAAGUCCUCCUAUCAAUGAGAUCGGUGGGGAUCUGCGGGUCAGACCUGAAGUACUGGAUGUAUGGCAAAUGCGGAAAGUUCACCCUGGAGAAACCCAUGAUUAUGGGUCAUGAGGGCAGUGGAAAGGUGGUCAAGCUUGGAGCAGGGGUCAAGAACCUGAAGAUAGGUGAUCGAGUCGCAAUAGAACCAGGGGUGCCAUGUGGAGAGUGUCGAUUAUGUAAAACGGGACGAUACAAUUUAUGUCAGAGUAUUUUCUUCUGUGCAACACCCCCUGAUGAUGGAAAUCUGUGUCGAUUUUACAAACACUCAGCUGAAUUCUGCUUCCGACUACCGGAUCACGUGACUGAUGACGAAGGUGCAAUGCUGGAACCUUUAGCAGUUGCAGUUUACAGCUGUCGUAAAGGAAAUGUAGGACUGGGUACCAGACUUCUUAUAUGUGGAGCCGGUCCAGUUGGAAUUCUCACAAUGCUGGUUGCAAAACAAAAUGGCGCCACAACCAUUGUUAUUACAGACGUGGACGACACGAGACUAGCUUUAGCCAAGUCCCUGGGUGCUGAUCACACAAUCAAAGUAAUGACGAAUGACCCAUCCAAGCUAGCAACAGAAAUUCUAGAUACUAUAGGAGACUUCCCAGAUGUCACUAUUGAGUGCAGUGGAACAAAUUUUGGAUUUUCCACAGGAAUUUACGCAAACAGCCCCGGUGGAUCUCUGGUCAUGGUUGGGAGAGUCCCAGGCGGCGAAGAGUUCCCCCUAAAUUUGGCGUUCACCAGGGAGAUAGAUAUCAGAGGACUAUUUAGAUAUGCUAAUUGUUAUCCAACUGCGCUAGAUCUUGUGUCCAAAGGCCUAAUAAACGUGAAGUCCUUAAUUACUCACCGCUUCACCUUACAAGAAACCUUAAAAGCGUUUGAAACUGCUGCGUCACGUGAUUCGAAAGCUGUAAAAGUUAUCAUUCAAUGUGGCAAAAAUUAAAGGU